AUGCCCUCGACAUUCAACCCCUCCGGCUCGUAUAUGAACUGCUUCUUCGUGACAGUGACAUACCUCCUGGGUCUUGACAGCGUCAAUGAUCUGCCACAGCCUGUCAGGGAUAAGAUGAACAGAAGUAGAGGAAUCGCUGCUCCAGAUGGAAUUGACACCGAGAUGGAAGACUGUCUGAAGCAAACUGGCCGUCCCUACCUACUGAAAAGCUGGGUCGAUCUUACUGGCCCGAACCCUGACAACCGCCAGGGCUCAGAGGUUCUCGGUGGCCGCCACGGGGGAGGUGACGGGAAUAUUGUCUGGAGGGAAGAGCAAUUUCUCUUUGGGGAGUGGAACGUCAACCAGAUCGGAAUUGGGUACACAACCGCGGAGAAUAAAGCCCACUUCCUUGUCGUCAAGGACACCAACCCUCCAUCAUACGUGUGUUUCCAGGAAGACACCGGCGGGACGGAGAGAUGGAAGGAAGUGAGAGGCCAGGAGCAAGAGAUCAAUGGAAACUGGCACGAUGUGAUCAAUAAGAAUCGGUCGAAGGUCCUGUGCGCCUUUGCUUUCAAGGAUGUUCCGGGGCCCAGAGGACACACGCAAGGGCCCAAGGGUCACACGCCAGGGCCUAGAGGACACAUACCAGAGCCCAAAGGAGACCCGUCAGGGCCUAAGAGGGCCCCAAAGUCGCGGUCCAGGCGGUUCUGGUCGAAACUUUGCUGCUUUUUCUAA